CCCAAGGCUGUGCUCUUCUGGCCGGGCCAGGCUGCCUGCGGGCUUUCUGGGUUUCCUCUCCCCGGCGCCUCUGUUCCUUGUUUGCCGUGGGGUUUGGAUGCUUUCACAUGUGAGUGAACCUAGCUCAGCCCACGACCAGGCAAACAGAAGCACCAGUCUCCGACAGGGCUCUGAGCAAAUACGCCAGGUCAGGCCUGUCCCACAUGCGGUGGCUGGGCUGCACUUUGCCCCAGUGAAUCAGCUCCAUGGAGGCCCGGCGGUUGCAAAGGAAGAUAAAAUAACUACACAACUGACUAAAAAAAGAGAGACAUUCAGAAGGUCAGAGAUGGAACCCUGGAUUCCCCAGCAGCCGCUGCAGCCCCGGGGGAGGCCCCCAGCCCCAUCCCAGGGUCCAGACCGAGGCCUUCGGAGAGAUGGAUAUCAUCGGCCGGUUCCUCACUCUUGGCACAAGGGAGAGAGGUUCCAUCAAUGGCAAGACAUCCGAGGGAGCCCCCAGCCACAGCAGGACCCCAAGGCAGACCACCAGCAGCCUCAUUACGCACCCAGGCCUGGGGAAUGGCAUCAGCCUGUGGCCGGGGUGGACUAUUACGAAGGGGGUUAUCACCCUCACUUGUAUUCAUAUUCACGGCCAGGCAUUGAUGAUCCAUACCAGAGGUAUCACUCUUCUGUAAGGGAAGAAUAUCCGUAUGGAAGUUAUUACUACCACGGGCACCCACAGCAGCAACCAGAAGAAAGAGUGCCAAGGCAAGCGAGUCCUUAUAUCCGGCAUGAAGACUAUCGAGAUCAAAAGUACCUCAAUGAACAUCAUCGUGAAAACCAGAAGAGUCCAUUUGGAACAAACAGUGAGACCCAGUUUCAAUCUCAGAGUGGGAACCCUUAUAGAGACAGCCCUGCUUCCAACUCUGGACAGGAGUGGCCUGAGGACCUGCUUCCGGAGAGUGUGCUAACUGGGGCCCAGAAGCAUAAGCCACCACUGCCCCACGAGUCCAACCUUCUCCAGCAGCACGAGUCUGGUCUCAGCUCCAGUGGCUAUGAGCUCAGUCAGUACAUGGCAGAUGCCUCCGAGCCUUAUGUCCCCACGGCUUCAACAGUUUGGAGACCAGUGCAGGCUGCGGCUGACUCGGCAGCUGAUCCCAAGGCACCCAUGAAGUUCUACAUCCCCCAUGUGCCUGCGAGUUUUGGGCCAGGAGGUCAGCUGGUGUGUGUGUGUCCCAGCUCUCCCAGUGACGGGCAGACGGCCCUGGUUGAACUGCACAGCAUGGAGGUUAUUCUUAAUGAUUCUGAAGAACAAGAAGAGAUGAGAACUUUCUCAGGACCCCUGAUCAGGGAAGACAUCCACAAGGUGGACAUCAUGACCUUUUGCCAGCAGAAAGCAGCUCAGAGCCGCCAGUCCGAGACACCAGGGAGCAGAGACGCAGCUCUACUAUGGCAACUGUUGGUUCUCCUUUGUCGACAGAAUGGGUCCAUGGUGGGGUCUGACAUUGCAGAGCUGCUGAUGCAAGACCGCAAGAAGCUGGAGAAGUACAAGAGGCAGCCCCCGGUGGCCAACCUCAUCAACCUGACCGAUGACAACUGGCCAGUGCCCAGCUCAGGGACCCCAAACCUGCUCACUGGGGAGGUUCCCCCGAGCGUGGAGACACCCGCGCAGAUCGUGGAGAAAUUCACUAAGCUGCUCUACUACGGAAGGAAGAAGGCAACCUUGGAGUGGGCCAUGAAGAACCACUUGUGGGGCCAUGCUCUGUUCCUGUCCAGCAAGAUGGACCCCAGGACUUACAACUGGGUCAUGAGUGGUUUCACAAGCACACUGGCGCUCAACGACCCACUGCAGACCCUCUUCCAGCUCAUGUCGGGGAGGAUCCCACAAGCAGCCACGUGUUGUGGGGACAAGCAGUGGGGAGACUGGAGGCCUCACUUGGCUGUGAUUCUGUCGAAUCAGGGUGGGGACCCGGAGCUACACCAGCGUGCGAUCGUCACCAUGGGGGACACCCUGGCUGGGAAGGGGCUGGUGGAGGCAGCUCACUUCUGCUACCUCAUGGCUCACGUGCCCUUCGGCUACUACACGGUGAAGACGGACCAUCUGGCCCUGCUGGGCAGCAGCCACAGUCAAGAGUUUUUGAAAUUUGCAACCACUGAGGCCAUCCAGAGGACGGAAAUCUUCGAGUACUGCCAGAUGCUGGGCCGCCCCCAGUCCUUCAUCCCUUCUUUCCAGGUAUAUAAACUCCUUUAUGCUUCCCGGCUGGCAGAUUACGGCCUUGCGUCCCAGGCCUUGCAUUACUGUGAAGCUGUGGGCACGGCCCUCCUUAGCCAGGGAGAGAGCAGUCACCCUGUGCUGUUGGGGGAACUCAUCAAGCUAGCAGAGAAACUGAAGAUGUCAGAUCCGCUGGUGCUCGAGAGGCGCCGCGGAGGGAGGGACCUGGAGCCAGACUGGCUCGUGCGCCUCCGGAAGCGGCACCAGGAGCUGGAGCGAAAGGCAUCGGCAGACACUGGGAACCCCCAUUCUGCUCACACAGACAUUUCAGGAGCCCAAGGAGCAACAGGAAACACUUUCCACCAGGAUUUUUCGGGACAUCGAGGUGACUCAGAAGCCACUCGGGACCCCUCUGCCCGGUGGCCACCAGUGGAGCCAGUGGGCCCCGCCUGGCCCAGCCCACAGCAGCCCUUGCCCCUCCAGCCAGGCUCCUACCCAGCAGGAGGAGAUUUGGGACAGACGGGGGUCCCGGUGCCUCUUUACUCGGUGCCUGAGGCCCGUCUGCCAGGGAUCGGUGGCAGCACGGCAGUGACAGAGGCUCCUGGAGGAAUGCCCUGGGCAGAAACCCAGCAGCCACCCCCGCCCCCUGCAGAGAACACAGUGUCUCAAGGAACCUUCCAGCAUCCUGAUGGUCAAAAGGUGGAUUCCAGACCACAGGUGCCACUGAUUUCCAGAGCUCAAAAUAUUUCCGAGAAUUCCACUGUUUCAGCCAAGGAAGAGGAGGAAUCGUCCUCGGAUGAGACAGAUAAAAAGUCUUCCCCAGACACUGCAAGAAAAGAAAAGAGCUCAGGCUUUGGCUGGUUCAGCUGGUUUCGCUCCAAGCCCACCCAUAGCACAUCCCCCUCUGGGGACGAAGACUCCUCCGACAGCCCCGACUCAGAGGAGACCCCCAGAGCAUCUUCUCCCCCUCAGGCUGGCUCCGGCCUCUCACUGACACCUCUCCCAGAGCCCCCGUCUCUGCCGGGCCCUGGCACCUUCUCCAGGGGCGCAGGUACAGCCAACUUCCAAGGACCAGUGUCCAGUGGGGGAACCGCUGAGGUCACUGGGAAUGGAGGCUUGUCCGGGCUCCAGGGUGUUUCCUCUGAGGCCUACUUCAACCCUGGUGCCCUGCUUCCCCCAACCCCCUUGAAAGGGGCUGUUCCUCUCUACAAUCCAUCUCAGGUCCCCCAGCUCCCCACGGCUGCUAGCCUGAGCCGGCCGAGCCGUCUAGCUCAGCGUCGCUACCCAACACAGCCAUGAUGACCAGCCACCCAUCCCAGGCCCGUCUCCCUGGGGCACAACAUUUAAAUCUCCCAGCCCCGCUGCUGGGAAGGGGCCCCCAGGAGGUUGUGCUAGACUAUUGCCUCCACCUGGGUAUGGAGAAGGCAAGUGGACAGGGUACACCAGGACAUAGCUCAGUUCAGGCCCUUAAGAUCAGCUUCACACGAUGGAAAUGACUUCAUCACAUGGAAAAGCUGGGCAUGGAGGCAGCACUGAGGACGGCCGCUUCACAUUCUCAGGGCCUAAGGGAUUG